AUGGCGACAACUACCCAUACCCAGCCCAAGAGAAAGUCAACGGCGGCUGGGCUUCCCGCCGGUGGUAGGACGGUCAAGCGGAGGGCUUCCAAAGCCUGCCACUGUUGCCGUGGCAGGAAAGUGCGUUGUGACGUGGUCGAGAGUGGAAUUCCAUGCACGAAUUGUCGACUGGAUGAGGUCGAGUGCGUAGUCACCGAAGGAAAACGACGGAGAAAGUCCUAUGCUGAGGGAGAGCUGUUCCAUCACUCGCCCUGCAAUUCUAUAGAAGAGGAGAAGGAAAUUCCACAGUUUCCCAUCUUUGACGACAUUGAUGAACUGAACAAUUUUGUCCCUACAUUGCCCACCGCUGAGCCAAGCCAUCCCCAGCACGCCCUGGAGGACGAGAUGGUCCAUCACAAGCCGCAUAUGCUGUACCAGACACAAGGUCACCGCUUGAGCCAGGAGGAGCGUUUCCGAAGAAUGCCAACAAUCGGCAUCACCCAAAUUUCUACACCCAUCCUUUCCCCGGCCAUGUCCUAUUUCCUCCAGCAUUCCGGCCGGCUGAACAUUGUCCUUCCCCCGUAUUUGCAGCCAAUAUCUCCUAGGAUCAUGACGGAAGAUCUGGAGUAUCUGCAGAAAAAGGGGGCGUUUUUGAUCCCGGAGACAGGCUUCCGUAACGAGUUGCUCCGGUGCUACGUCCAAUACGUGCACCCUUUCCUCCCCAUCAUCGACCUGCGCGACUUCUUGACUACCGUCGAAAAGAACCAGCCCACCAACACAGUGAGCCUCUUGCUCUUCCAGGCCAUCAUGUUUGCGGCAACUGCAUACAUAGACAUGCGAUAUCUCAUUGCGCAAGGAUACAUGACCCGGAAAGCAGCCAGGAAAUCCUUCUUCCAGCGAGUCAAGCUGCUGUAUGAUUUUGACUACGAAGUUGAUCGGGUCACAGUCGUCCAGGCAGUCUUGCUGAUGACAUACUGGUAUGAGAAUCCUGACGACCCAAAGGAUGUCUGGCACUGGCUGGGUGUGGCCAUCUCGGUUGCCCGAACUAUUGGCCUAAAUUGUGACACUUCAAAUGCUUCACUCAUGAGCUUGCAACAACGCCGUCUCUGGAAGCGCAUCUGGUGGUCUUGCUACAUGCGAGACCGAUUGAUCGCCAUUGGUAUGCGGCGUCCAAUGCGCAUAAACAGCGGAGAUUUUGACGUGCCAAUGCUGGAGGUAUCCGAUUUUGAAACCGAGGCCCUUCCGGCCGAACUCAGUAGAAUGCUUGGAGGUUGUCCUGCGGUGAGAGACACUUCGAAGCGCGUCACUCUGGCGAAGAUGUGUAUCGGUCUGGCCGAUCUCUGCGUCCGCAUCACCCAAGUUCUCGCGGUCCAGUACUCCACGCUCGGCCACAAGAUUGGCGCCACUCAAGAGACGACCAUGAGGCUGGUUCCGAAGAAGUCAGCGGCUGACCCGUGCGACGUGAUUCGGUGUGAUCGCGCCCUGGAUCAGUGGCACAAAGACCUCCCGCAUGAGCUCCAUUACUUUGCCCCCGAUUCCCGUGAGCGGACAAGCACCAACGACGGAGAGGUGAUCAAUCUACACCGCGCUCUGCUGACUGGAAUCUACCUUACGGCGAUCAGUGCUUUACAUCGGCCGCAAAUCCUACCAUCGGCUCCCAAUGUUGUUGUUGCCCCGGAGCUUCGGGAAUUGUCGAGAAGGAAGGUCCGCGAGGCGGCCAAUGAUAUUACCGAGAUGUACAAGGAACUCUUUGCGCACGAUUUGAUACGUUACCUCCCGAAUACCGGAGUGACAUGCCUGCUUCCCGCCAUCAUCAUUCAUCUCCUGGAUAUCAAAUCGAGCGACUCGAACACGCGACAAGCCAGCAUUCGGAAAUUUCAAUUCUGCAUGCAGGCCCUGCAGAGACUGCGAGAAAUGUAUGCUUCGGCCGAUUUUGCUUUCUCGUUCCUCGACGCAGCUGUUCGCAAGACCAAUGCUCAGGUCUAUGCUGCUGCCGCGGUCACGUCGGGGAUGAAGGGGCCAUACUCGCCCAGCGUGUCUGGGAUGGAGCAGAAGAAGUUCCAUCCAGGACCGUUGUUGCUCACUCCCCCGCCCGAAGCCAUGCAGACGGCAAGUUUACUGCUCAUGAACUCGACGCUGGCGCCGGAAGAGCGAAAUCUCAUUGCCGCGUACACACCGCCCGAGUCGGAGAUGAGCCUGAAUUCCCAGACAACGGAAGAAGCGCUAGCUACAUCGGCAGGAGUCGACGUCAAGCACAACCGAGGAAUCAGUGGUGCACUGGAGGAGGCCACACACCCAGAUUUUGAGACGCUGGUUGAUUUAGAAGGAGGGACUGAUUUGUUUUCAACUGUUGAAGACGGCCUAGAUUUGAACAUGCAGUGGCUCCAGGGCUUUGAUGCGGAUAACCACACUCCCAACUCUGUAGAGUUUCCCUUGGAGACGAUUGAAGAAGUGGAUGAGCAGCGAGAGCAAUGUGGUUAUGUAGAACAGGAACUGGAUGCCACUGACGAGCUGGUUCUGGGUCUGGCCAUCCAAGGGGAUGCCUGA